GUCCAGAGCUGUAGCUGCUGCGGAGGUGGCCGAUGCAGGUUUCUGUCCCUGGGGCAUGAUCAUGCAGCUGGGCCUCGCCCUGGUACUAGGAAUGGCCCUGUGCCUGGGGUGUGGCCAGCCCCUGCUGUGGGCUCCUGAACGUCCCUUCUCUGUGCUAUGGAACAUACCCUCAGCACACUGUAAGACUCGCUUUGGUGUGCACCUGCCACUAGAGGCUCUGGGCAUCACAGCCAACCGUGGCCAGCGUUUCCAUGGCCAGAACAUCACCAUCUUCUACAAGAACCAGCUUGGCUUCUAUCCCUACCUUGGGCCCAGGGGCACAGCUCAUAACGGGGGCAUCCCCCAGGUUGUCCCUCUUGACCGCCACCUGGCACGGGCUGCCUACCAGAUCCAUCUCAGCCUAGAACGUGGCUUUGCUGGCCUGGCAGUGCUGGACUGGGAAGAGUGGUGUCCACUCUGGGCCGGGAACUGGGGCCGCCGCCGAGCCUACCAGGAAGCUUCAUGGGCUUGGGCACAGCGGGUAUUCCCCCACCUGAACCCCCAGGAGCAGCUCCACAAGGCCCGUGCUGGCUUUGAACAGGCAGCCCGUGCCCUGAUGGAGGACACACUACGGCUAGGCCAGGCACUGAAGCCCCAUGGGUUCUGGGGCUUCUAUCGCUUCCCAGCCUGUGGCAAUGGCUGGCAUGGUACAGCUUUCAAUUACACAGGCCACUGCCACCCAGCCACUCUAGCCCGAAACACACGACUGCAUUGGCUCUGGGCUGCCUCCAGCUCCCUCUUCCCCAGCAUUUACCUCCCACCCAAGCUGCCACCUAUUCACCACCAGGCAUUUGUCCGAUACCGCCUGGAAGAAGCCUUCCGUGUGGCCCUUGUUGGGCACCCACAUCCCCUGCCUGUCCUGGCCUAUGCCCGCCUCACAUACCGGCAUUCUGGGAGGUUCCUGUCCCAGGAUGACCUCGUGCAGACCAUUGGUGUGACCGCAGCACUAGGGGCAGCCGGCGUGGUGCUCUGGGGGGACCUGAGCUUCUCCAGCUCUGAGGAGAAGUGCUGGCAUCUCCAUGACUACCUACUGGGCACCCUGGGUCCCUAUGUAAUCAAUGUGACCAGGGCAGCCAUAACCUGCAGUCACCAGCGGUGCCAUGGCCAUGGGCGUUGUGCCCGCCAAGAUGGAGGACAGCUGGAAGCCUUUCUGCAUCUGCAGCCAGAUGGCAGCCCUGGAGCUUGGGAGUCCUUUAGCUGCCGUUGUUACCCGGGCUGGGCUGGCCCUACCUGCCAGGAGCCUAGACCUGAGCCUAGGCCUGAAGAAGCAACAUAA